GGUUGUUAGCAUCAACUUUGUCACUCCAUGCAGCAACCAAAUAAUACCGAAGAAUUUUUGCGGUUAAUAUCAAGUUCUCAUACAGAAGAUAAAUGGAGAGGUCUACUUAUGGCAACUGGUGCUGUGAGGAACUGGACAGAAGAAGAAGUUCUGGCAGUUUUAGAAAACAUAGGCAACUCCUUUCUCGUUGGUUUGUUGGAAAACAGUGAAAAACAACGAGAUGUAAAAAGCAAUGAAAGUGCUGACCUGAUUUCUUUGUCCCUUUCUUUACUAGCUUCGAGUUGUGUUUCACACAAAGUUUGUCAAGGUAAGUUUUGGAGUGAUCUACUCCCUCAUUUGGCCAAUAUGAUACUUCGCGAAAGCAAAACUCGGAGGGAACAAGAACAGUUGCAAGUUGGAAUCCUGACAGAAAGGGUUGUUAACUGUUGGAUAGUUGUAUGCUCAGUAUGUAGUGUGCAAGACGAACUUUUACACUGGUUUCUAAAGAACAGUUCACUCCAAAAGUGUAUGGUUGAACUCUGUAAGCAUAUGGUGAAGAAUGAAACCCUAUUCAACAACUCCCAAAAACAGAAACAACUGGUACAACUCGUUGUAGGAAUGAGUUACUUGGCUUUGGUUUUAUCAAAGACAAUUGAAGCUAUCCGAGUGAGAAUGCUCCUGCCGCAUAUGUUACUUGUUGUAGUUGUGUUUUUCGAUCGACUGAGGGAACCUAGUGUUAGUUUGGAUAUUAUUCACCAACUGUAUCUCUUGUCACCUUAUUUUUGUAGCAUUUUUAGAAAUGAGAAGCAACGCUGUAUGAAGUCUGUGGUAUGGCAAUUGGAUGGGCAUUUGCGCAAUGCUAUCGAGUAUAGUUUAUCUAACCGAUUAAACGACGCUCUUCGUCAUAAAUUGUUUUCUAUAGUUGUUGGAGAGCUCAAGAUUUGGAAAUUGUUCGAGUUUAAUUUCACCGAGAAUAUGCUGUCGACAUCUUCUUUGUGGAGAUAUAUGCGUUUGUUGUUGUUCAUGUGCUCUGUGGAAUUGGGAGUUCAUCUAAGAGAAGUACUUCGUGCACCUAUGGAUUCAUUGGAAAAUGAAAAUAAUCGAGAAAUUCAUUUGGUGAAUAUCUUUCAAGUGAUAGAGUUAUCUAUUGAUUUGUUGCAACGAAGAAUGAUAGAAACGGAGGAGCAACCUAGUGAGUCGUUACGAGCCGAGGAAAGGGAAGAGGUAAAAGUGAUAGAAGCAUUAGUAGAAAAUAUUCAAGUGAUUGUUGAUUUCUUAGAGGCGGAACCACUUAAAAGAGAGCAAAAGGAUGAUCGCCAAUAUAUUCGAUUAUUCAAGUAUUCUAUAGUUGGAUUUCGAAUAGUGUGCUGCUUUAGCAGUUUACAACUUCCUGUAUUAGAAAAGCGUAUAUCUUUGGUUCUUGUUUAUUCUUGGAACACUAUCCUGGAUGAUUUUGAAGUUAUUUUGACAAGUAUCGAAUGGGAUAUCUUGUACGACUUGAUAUCAUGGACUGGUUUUGGAGUGACUCGUCUUAUUGAAUAUAGUGAUAUUGCUAUGAAGACUUUUGAAUGUGAGAUUUUUUCGAGGGUUUGGAUUCAACUUCUACAAGAGUUUGUUAAGAACAGGAGCAUUAUUUCUACGAUGACCGGUUCUAUACCUGUUACCCAAGUUAUUUAUAACAUUAUUGAGAUAUUGGUUUGUCUCUAUGAGUUUCCCAGUAAUCGGAGGUACAUUAACGAUCACAAAGAUACACUGAUGUCGAUUCGAACACUUUGGCCAUCAGAAGAGUUGAAAAAGUUGUUCACAAGCGAUGAAGUGAGCCAUGUAGUCGCUUCUCAAUAGCUCGUUGCCCCUCAGUCACACGUGGAAGGGAG